CCUGGGCCUUUGUAAGUGAGUGCUGGGAUCAGAGAGGUGGCUGUCAUGGUUAUAAGCUGGUUGUUGUGACAGCGAGUUGUAUAAGAGCUGUGAGGAGUCUGUGGAAGCUUCGUCCGGCGAUAAUGUCUCCUGCUUUCAUAUUGCUGCUGCUACUGGACAUCACAGUCCGGCUGUCUCACGCCAUGAACAGAGAGGAGAAGCACCGACUGAGGAACCAAGUUGUCGAGAUGUUCAACCACGCGUAUCAGAAUUACAUGGACCACGCUUACCCAGCAGACGAGCUGAUGCCAUUGACCUGUCGGGGCCGGGUACGAGGGCUGGAGCCCAGCAGAGGAGAUGUGGAUGAUGCUCUGGGGAAGUUCUCUCUCACCCUCAUCGAUACUCUUGACACGCUUGUGCUGCUGAAUAAGACAGAGGAGUUUGAAGAAGCUGUGAGGAGGGUCUUAAAGGACGUGCGACUGGACAACGAUGUCGUCGUGUCCGUCUUCGAGACCAACAUCCGAGUGCUUGGGGGGCUGCUGGGGGGCCAUUCCAUGGCAGUGAUGCUGAAGGGAGGAGGGCAGCACAUGCUGUGGUAUGAGGAUGAACUCCUGCACAUGGCCAGAGACCUGGGUCUGCGUCUGCUCCCAGCAUUCAACACCAGCAGUGGCCUGCCUUAUCCCAGAAUCAACCUGCGUCAUGGAGUUGUGGGUCCUGAAACCCGAACAGGCACUGAGACGGACACCUGUACGGCCUGUGCGGGAACCAUCAUCUUGGAGUUCGCUGCCCUCAGCCGAUUCACUGGAGACCCCGUGUUUGAAGCCCACGCCAGGAGAGCUCUCGACUUCCUCUGGGAGAAGAGGCAGAGAAACAGCAACCUUGUGGGAACAACCAUCAACAUCCACUCAGGGGAGUGGGUCCGCAGGGACAGUGGUGUAGGAGCAGGCAUCGACUCCUACUACGAGUACUUGCUAAAGGCGUAUGUUCUCCUGGGAGAUGACCAGUUCCUCCAGCGCUUCAAUAUUCACUAUGCCUCUAUAAUGAAGUACAUUAGCCAGCCCCCCCUGCUGUUGGACGUGCACAUCCACAAGCCCCGCCUCCCUGCACGCACCUGGAUGGACUCUCUGCUGGCUUUCUUCCCUGGCCUGCAGGUGCUGAAAGGAGACAUCCGUCCAGCUAUAGAGACCCACGAAAUGCUUUAUCAGGUUACCAGGAAACACAACUUCCUCCCUGAGGCGUUCACCACAGAUUUUCAAGUCCACUGGGCACAGCAUCCCCUGAGGCCUGAGUUUGCUGAGAGCACCUACUUCCUUUACAAGGCCACAAGGGACCCGUAUUAUCUGGACGUGGGGCGCACCGUUCUGGAGAACCUGAACCGCUUCGCUCGCGUCCCCUGUGGCUUUCGCUGCUAUGAAGGGACGUGCGCACGAGGGAGCCAUGAAGACCGAAUGGACUUUUUCCUGGCGGAGAUGUUUAAGUAUCUGUUCCUGCUGUUUGCGGAGGAUGAGGACUUGCCCUUCGACGUGGAGGAUUAUGUGUUCACCACUGAAGCUCACUUGCUGCCCCUCUCGCUCUCUACGGCCCUGCGCUCAAGCUCGCCCCCGCAGACAACUCCACAGAUCUCAGACGAGUUGGAUGAUGCAAAUUUUGAGUGGACGUGUCCCAACACACGCCUCCUUUUCCCUGACCCCGCCUACCCACGGAGCCUUCGCGAGCCAAUCAGAAGCGCGGUGGACAAGAGCUGUCCCCGCCCUGCCCCUCCUCGGGAGGCUGGGUUGGGUCGUGCUCCCCUCAGGGCUCAGGACUUUAUGGCCAACAGCCCUGAGCACCUGGAGCUCCUCAGACGGAUGGGGGUCAGUCUGAUCCACCUGAAAGACGGUCGGGUGCAGUUGGUGCAGCAUGCCAGCCAAGCGGUGAGUGCAGUGGCGGCGGAGGACGGGAUGCGGUUCAUGCAGGAGAUGAUGGAACUGUCCAGCCAGCAGCAGAAGGAGCAGCUUCCUCCUCGUGCUGUCCAGAUCAUAUCACACCCGUUCCUUGGCAGAGUGGUACUGACCGCCGGGCCGGCACAGUUUGGAAUGGACCUUUCUAAAAGCAGUCUGGGGGUUCGAGGUUUUGUCGCUGUAGUUGAACCCUACUCUGGCUGUUCUGAGCUGACCAAUGCUGAGUUUGUGGCCGGUCGCAUUGCCCUGCUGCAGAGGGGUCAGUGCAUGUUUGCUGAGAAGGCCCGACACAUCCAGAAAGCCGGAGCCAUCGGGGGUAUCGUCAUAGACGACAACGAGGGGAGCAGCAGUGACACAGCGCCACUAUUCCAGAUGGCGGGAGAUGGGCGGAGCACGGAUGACGUCACUUUGCCCCUCCUCUUCCUCUUCCACAAGGAAGGGAGCAUCCUUCUGCAGGCUCUCAAGGAGCACAGGGAGGUGGAGGUUCUGCUGAGCGAGAAAGCUCGAGACAGAGAAGCCAUAUUUAAGGGGCGGGCCUUUCCUGGCGCCCUGUCAGAUGGCAGUGUGGAUGAGACAGGGGAGGAAGAUUGCUGCGCAGAGGACCACAGUACUCCCGCCCACUUAGCAACACCUGACCAGUCACAAUUCACAACUCAGGAACAAGAGUUCGCGGGAGAGGAGCCAGGAAGAUCAGAGGCGGGGCUUAGCAAUGACACACCCUCAUCUGCAGAGGAAGGACCUGUGGAGGACGAUAGUUCUAAGAGCCAAUCGGUGGACUCUUUAAUGGCUGAUUGGCAGGAGGAUCUGGAGGCAUUCAAGCAGAUGGAGAAGGAUGAACUUUGACCUCAUGCUGUGACCUCCGAUUCCAGUGAUUGGUCACGUAACACAGCCAUUAAAAAAAGACUGAAACAUCACCAUGUAUAAUUUUGGACACUUUCAGACACACCUGGUCAGUAGGGCUGUUACCUGUGUGUCGUUCUCAGGUGUUUCUUACAGGGCAUGGCUAACUGCUUACCUGUGCAAUUUCCCUUCCUCGUAUCCCCGCCUCACCCGCCAACGACGGGGUCCAAACUGCUCCAUAUCUAGUCUGAUCUCUUUAUAUGUCUUCCUUCUUCCAGAUCUGUGCAUAUCUAACACAUGGAUAUGUUAUGACCAUUGAUGUAAGCGACUGACAGAAUAAGUUAUCGACUGGUUGAAUCAUGACAAAUCGUUUUCAUGCAAUAGGAUUUGUACUUAUUUAAUUUCUUGACAGUGUUUACAGGGUUACGUUUGAGCAAGAGGAAUGUGUUUUACACAGGGAGAAAAAAUGAUCAUAUGGAAUGGGUUGAUCGAUGUCACUGUAUAUAUGUAUGUAUGUUUGUAUGUUUCUGUCUAUCAUUUUCAUAAUAGUAUGAGAACUGGACUCAAACAAA